AUGUGGGACACUCGGCUGGGCCAGUGGAAGUCGAGGGCAGGGGGAGUUUACAUUCCUCCAACCCCAGAGGAGCUGCAAGCAGCCGAGGGACUGCAACGGGCCCUGCGGGGUCAGCAUCAGCAGGGGCGCAGUACAUCCGCUAAAUCAAGAGAUCUUUCUCCGAAGAGGCAGCGCUCGCCGUCUCCCCGGAUGCGGCGUGAGCGGGGCAGUCCAGUUUAUGAGUAG